AUGGCAUCGGAACAAGCACCUCCCCUUCCACCCGACUCAGGAUACGACUUUGUCGGCAUGGCCAACCUGCACAACGACAUAUACCCAGCCAUCGACGCUACAUCGAAUCCAACACUCAAACAAUCCGGAAAAGUCGUCCUCAUCACAGGAGCAGGCCGCGGCAUCGGCCGAGCCAUUGCACUACAGUACGCACACGCCUCGGCCAGCACGAUCAUCCUAUGCGCGCGCACCUCAUCCGAGCUAGACGAGGUAAGCAGCGCGAUCCAGAAAACCAACAGCAGCGUGCGCGUGCGUAAAGAAGUGUUGAGCGUGACCGAUGGCCCGGCCAUCAAGAAGCUCGCUGCGAGCGUGUGCGACCAAGAGGGAAGGCUCGACGUCCUCGUCAACAACGCUGGCAUGAGCUGUUCCUGGGCGCCCCUGGCUGAUACGGAUCUGGAGGCGUACUGGACUGUGUUGGAAGUCAAUCUCAAGGGUCCGCUGCUGUUGCUGCAUGCGUUUCUGCCGCUCCUCGCGGCUACGGCGGCGGCGCAGGCUGCGCACGUUAAUGUGGUCAAUGUUACGUCUGUUGGCGCGGUAAUUGUUUCGCCGGGUGGGAGCGCGUAUGGCGUUAGCAAGUUGGCGCUGCAGCGUAUGAGUGAGUUUGUGGCUGCUGAGUAUGGCGGGAGGGGGGUCAAUGUUGUGGGGUUGCAUCCGGGUAGUGUGGAGACCAAGCUGUCGAGUGGCGUCGAGGAAAUCAAGCCCUAUUUGAUUGAUACAGCGGAGCUUUGUGGAGGCUUUGUGGUUUGGUUAACUUCUCAGGAGAGGGCGUGGUUGAACGGAAGGUACGUAUCUGCCACAUGGGACGUUGGAGUCUUGGAGAGCAAGAGAGAGGAGAUUGUGGAUGGGGACAAGUUGAAGAUCAAGUUGGUUGUGUGA